CUGGAAGGAGACUCAAUGGAGCAGGACGUGGAGAGCCCUGUUACAAUCCAUCCGCCUAAGUUGCCCAAACAAGCCAGGGAAGAUCUGCCGAAGCACUUAAAAGAAUGUACCAAGAGGAAAAUCCAGAGGUAUGUUAGGAAAGAUGGAAAAUGCAACGUCCACCAUGGAAAUGUGAGAGAGACUUAUCGUUACCUGACUGACAUCUUCACAACCUUGGUUGACCUCAAAUGGAGAUUCAACCUUUUUAUUUUUGUCAUGGUUUAUACUGUGACGUGGCUUUUCUUUGGAUUCAUCUGGUGGCUAAUUGCUUACAUCCGAGGAGAUUUGGAACAUAUAGGGGAUAAGAAAUGGACCCCAUGUGUCAGUAACCUCAAUGGGUUUGUUUCCGCCUUUUUAUUCUCCAUAGAGACAGAAACCACCAUUGGGUAUGGUUUUCGGGUCAUCACAGACAAAUGUCCUGAAGGAAUUAUCCUGCUUUUAGUUCAGUCUGUUUUAGGAUCUAUAGUCAAUGCUUUCAUGGUUGGCUGCAUGUUUGUGAAAAUAUCCCAGCCCAAGAAGAGGGCAGAAACCUUGGUGUUUUCUACCAAUGCCGUAAUUUCCAUGCGAGACGGAAAGCUGUGUCUGAUGUUCCGUGUUGGGGACCUUAGAAAUUCACACAUUGUGGAAGCAUCAAUACGAGCCAAGUUGAUCAAGUCGAAACAGACAAAGGAGGGGGAAUUUAUACCACUCAACCAGACAGAUAUUAAUGUAGGUUAUUAUACAGGGGACGAUCGUCUGUUUUUGGUUUCACCACUGAUCAUCAGCCAUGAAAUAAAUCAACAGAGUCCAUUCUGGGAGAUUUCCAAAGCUCAACUGCCCAAAGAAGAAUUAGAAAUAGUGGUCAUCCUAGAAGGAAUGGUGGAAGCAACAGGGAUGACGUGUCAAGCCCGAAGUUCUUAUGUUACCAGUGAGAUCCUGUGGGGUUACCGUUUUACACCUGUUCUCACGCUAGAGGACGGAUUUUAUGAAGUUGAUUACAAUAGCUUUCAUGAUACAUAUGAGACCAACACACCAUCUUAUAGUGCCAAAGAACUGGCAGAGAUUGCUAGCCGAGCAGAAUUACCCCUCACUUGGUCUGUGUCCAGCCAAUUAGACCAGCGUGCCGAAAUGGAUACUGAAGAGGAGACCAAGGACAACGAAGAACAAACUGAAAGGAAUGGUGAUGUGGCCAACUUAGAGAAUGAGUCCAAAGUUUAGAACUUAACAGUGGGGACAGAGAACCACUAAUCUUCCUUUAAAGGGGGAUUGAGGGAGGACCGAUUAAGGUGUGACAUGCCUCCCUGCCUGUAAGGCAAGCAAAGAUUUGGGUUAAAGCUGCAAUAUCCCUGCAAUGUUGCCAUGUAACCUGUUAUCCUUGUUCUAUUUUUUCAGCUGGAGAACUCAGUGUUCACACAUGGCAGGUGUCUGGUUCGGGGCUGGUUUCUAAGAGAAAGGGCAGAAAUUUGUUAACCUGGGCCAAAAGCAAA